UUGAUCAGAUCUUUGUGAAGUAUCAGCUCAAGCCUUUGUAUACAAUCCAGACAGAGACUUGGUUCUGAGCAGCACACAGUUUUAAGAGCCUUGUGGAUGUGGGAAUGGCGGUGAAAUACUUCUUGUUAAUUGCUGUUGUUGCUGCCGCCGCCGCCGCCGCCGCCACUGUCUUUGUUCCUGUUCUGGCUAUCAGACACGCCAAACGACACAGAGCCCUCUAUAAUAAGCUGGUCACAGAAUCACAAACCGACCCACAAGAAGAAAUUGUCAAUGCACACAAUGCUUUCAGGAGAAAAGUGUCUCCACCAGCCAAGAACAUGCUGAAGAUGAGCUGGAGUUCAGCUGCUGCAGGAAAUGCUAGAAUCCAGGCAAGAUACUGUGACACGUCACACAGUGACCCACUUGAAAGGAGACUUAGCAAUACAUUUUGUGGAGAAAAUAUCCAUUUGGAACAUUACCCCUACUCCUGGUCAAAGGUAAUUGAAGUAUGGUACAAUGAAUCCAAACACUUCACAUAUGGAGAAUGGCCAUCCUCAGAUGAUGAGUAUGAAACAGAUCAUUACACUCAGAUGGUCUGGGCUGUUUCUUACCUCAUUGGCUGUGAUGUUGCAUCAUGUCGCAGACACAAGGCAGCUAUAUAUCUCUAUGUGUGUCACUAUUGUCAUGAGGGAAAUAAUCCUGACUCACUCAAUAAGCCUUAUAAGCAGGGCUUACCAUGUGCAGACUGUCCACAUAACUGUGAAGACGGACUAUGCACUAACCCCUGCCUUUACUAUGAUGAAUACAACAACUGUGAUAAACAAGUGAAACGUACGGGAUGCACACAUCCAUCAGUUCAACAAUUCUGCAAGGCUUCUUGUCUGUGUAAAACCGAAAUAAAAUAAUCUUUUACUACUUACUAUUCUGCUGUGAAGACAAAGGAUGUUUUCAGGAUCACUUAUUUCACUUUGAUAAGAUCUGCUAAUGUAUUUCAUUUGUUUUUUAUUAUGCUCAAGAAGUUAAUUUUUAAUCAUCAUGUAUAGACAUCAAUCUAUAUUCAUCAAGAUCGGGCCCUCCUUUCCUGACCCAUCCUGUAGUAACAGUUUUAAACUUCCUUGCUGUAUUAAUGAAAGGACAAGUCAAAUACUUGCCCCAAAUUUAAUGCAUAUGAUUUUUGGUGUGUAGAUCAACAUAAUACAGUUAAUAACUUAAAUGAGUUCUUCAUCUGUAACUUGUAAAAUUGGGCCUUUUCCACACAACCCCUUUUUCUAACUCUCCCAUUUCCCCCACAACCUUAAUAAUUUUCCUGCUUUUCUAUUCUGUUUUAAAUCAAGCAUUAAAAAUAUUCACCGACCAAACGAGACUCAGGCCUCGACUUGAAAUGUAGAUAUUACUCAACUAUGAAUGCUUUAAAUGUUUUUCUGACUCAUUCCUGUCUCUGCAAGCAUGUUGUGAAGUGGGGAAAAUGAGAGCUGGUCUACCUUUGGGUACCUCUCCCUUCACUGCUACUUCUCCAAUGUUCUCCUAUUUCCUCCCCUCAGCCUGAACAUCCCAUUCCCAGAUUUUUGUGUUUCUUACACCAUAACUGAAUGGAUACGACACCACUCUGUCAAAGUAUUUUGAAAUACCUAAUUCUUUUAUUUGACCUUAUUAUACUACUUCACUAGAAAAAAAGAACUGUAUCCUAUAUUUUGUACUUUACACAAACAGUUUUAAACAAGGAAAACUGAA